AAAACGAUUUUCCGAUAUAGUAUUACUCAUGUAUUACUUAUCUUAACCAAAAUGCAAAAAGCUUUAAAAGAACUGUAUUAAUUAAACCAAAGAAUUUAUUUAUUAACGUAGUUUGUGUUUAUUCGUUAGGAUCAAAGAAGUAUAGCCGUUGCGGCUAAAUUGUGGUGUUAUUAUUGAUAUUUUUAUUUUACGCGCUUACAUAAAACGGUAUCAUUUUUAGUACAUUUAUAAUUUAUUGAUUAAAUAGUUUAACCCACCGUUCUACUAGUAAGAAGUCACGAAAACCGUAAAAAAAAAGUAUACAUUUUUUUUAUAAAAAAUGUCUGAUGGUCACGGAGAACCCAAUCAGCAUCGGAAAGAAAGUGUUUCUGCGGCGAAUGUGGCCAGCGAUAGUCCUGUAACAGACCCCGGGCAAGUGCGAGGGGGCUCCACAGUAGAAGGGGCUGCUGGGAAGUUUGAAGGCCCCAGGGUCAAGUCUGGAGCCCUAAAAAAAUCUGCAAGAUAUAGAAGUAGAUCGCUGUCGGCAUCGUCGGCGGAUUCGUACAGUUCUACGUCCUAUACUGGGUCAUCGUCAGAGGAAGACGAAGGCAUCCAACCCCACGAGAAGGCGAUCGCAGCUGGCACCCCUAACCCUAACUACUGUGUGAGGAACGUGGAACAGCAUGCGUUCGGACGGAGAGAGAUAGAGAUAGCCGAGCAAGAGAUGCCUGGGAUCAUGGCUUUGAGGGCCAGGGCUAAAGAGGACAAACCACUUAAGGAUGCUAAGAUCGUCGGCUGCACGCACAUCAACGCCCAAACCGCAGUUCUCAUCGAAACAUUAGCCGCAUUAGGAGCCACCGUUCGUUGGGCGGCCUGCAACAUCUAUAGCACGCAGAAUGAAGUCGCAGCAGCACUAGCACACGCAGGGUUCUCAGUAUUCGCCUGGCGAGGCGAGAGCGAAGAAGCCUUCUGGUGGUGCAUCGACCAAUGCUGCGCGCCCAGCGCCACCUGGCAACCAAAUAUGAUACUUGACGACGGCGGAGACGCCACACAUCUCAUGCUGAAGAAACAUGCCGCUGCCUUCAAACAGAUUAAAGGCAUAGUAGAAGAGAGCGUGACAGGCGUCCACAGACUGUACCAGCUAAGUAAAGCAGGCAAGCUCUGCGUUCCGGCCAUGAAUGUCAACGAUUCUGUCACCAAGACGAAAUUUGAUAACCUCUACUCUUGCCGUGAAAGCAUAAUAGACGCGCUAAAACGGAGUACGGACCUCAUGUUCGGUGGCAAGCAGUCGGUAGUGUGCGGGUAUGGGGAGGUCGGCAAAGGGUGCUGUCAAGCGCUCAAGGCGCUGGGGUGUGUGGUAUACGUGACAGAAAUCGACCCAAUUUGCGCGUUACAAGCCGCCAUGGAUGGCUUCAGAGUGGUCAAAUUAAAUGAGGUGAUAAGACAAGUGGACAUUGUAAUAACAGCGACAGGCAAUAAAGGGGUCGUCACACGCGAACACAUGGAGAGGAUGAAAAACGGUUGCGUUGUAUGCAAUAUGGGGCACUCUAACACUGAAGUGGAUGUGCACGCUCUGCGGACACCCGACUUGUUGUGGGAGCGAGUGAGAAGCCAGGUGGACCACAUAAUUUGGCCAAACGGCAAGCGCAUAGUGCUACUCGCGGAAGGUCGUCUCGCGAACCUGUGCUGUUCUUCUCUUCCCUCAUUCGUUGUCUCUGUCACGGCCGCUACGCAGGCCCUGGCUUUAAUAGAGCUGUAUAACGCACCCCAAAAUCGAUACAAGGCGGACGUAUACUUACUGCCAAAGAAAAUGGACGAAUAUGUAGCCAGCCUCCACCUACCCACCUUCGACGCUCAUCUCACAGAGCUCACGGACGAACAGGCCAAAUACCUAGGCCUCAACAAGGUCGGCCCUUUCAAACCUAACUAUUAUAGGUACUAGCAUAGAGGGAAGAUCGCUCCUCCGUAAUAUGGCCACUCGAUAAUAGACCUUAUCAUGUUGCAAUAGAGUUUUAAUUAAGGUUUUGUUAGACAAAAGUACAAUACA